AUGCCUGAUAAGGACUCCCGCGCGUACUGCAUCUGGUAUCCUGAUAUCGCUAGCCAAGAUACCCAUCGAAAGGUUGCUGCGGCGUUCCUCGAUAUGCGAUACCAAGUCGGCCGGACCUGCGCCGUCGCAGGAUAUUACGAGCUAUAUCGUGAGCUUGACCUGCUUCCUGAUGUAUUCAUUGCUGAGGAGGCGCGAGAAGCUGGCAAUCAUGGCUCCCGCCGCAUCUUUGAUCACAUCAAGGCCAUGCCUACACGCUACGGAGUCAUGAAUGACUACAAGCUUGUUAUCAAUCUGGAGAGCCCUAAACCCGGCGUCUGCCUAAAUGCUGACACCGCCGUGCUUGCCACUCUCAAGGGGCGCCGAAGAUCCUGUAACGGCCUCGGUAAGCGACUGUGGGGAUAUUUCAAUACCACCGUGGACUGGGGUGCUGGUGAGGAGGGAGUGAAACUUGACGUGGUCACUAUUACUAACUCUGAGAUCGCCCUACCUACGUCCCUAUUGCCGUUUGAUCUUCCGACUAUGCACAAAGACCUGGUGAUCCCGGUAUCUGCUAUGAGGGUAAUCUCGCGCCGAUAUGCCCGCAUCCGUCGCCCAGGUCGUAGCGUGGAAUAUGAGCUCCGUUGCCUGAUCUGGUACUCGAAUAUCCCGACGACAACGACGCUUUACAAACUGGCCAAGGCUCGGCCAGCCAUGCGCCCCCAGUGUGUACGUGCCAGCAUCGCCGCCGGCUAUCGCGGUUUGUACACGACACUUAUGGACACGGGCGCGGAGACGCCCAGCGACGACAUCAACCACAUUUCUCUAUUGGUGGAUGCCUUUGUUCUCAAGGAUGCGGGAGCUAGCUGGGAGCGAGACUUCUACAUGGCUGAUCUUCAGCGACGGCAGCGAGAGCGCGGCGUCAAGCCACUCAAGCGCAGUUAUGGCAAAUGGAGAACAGUUUCCCCUGGAAAAUGGGGAUAUUAG